GAAGAAUCAGAAACUAUGCGUGAAUGUAUCUCUAUUCAUGUGGGCCAAGCUGGAGCUCAGAUUGGCAAUGCCUGCUGGGAGCUGUACUGUCUGGAGCAUGGGCUGCAGCCUGACGGACAGAUGUCCAGUGGCAGGACCACUGGAAGAGGAGACGUCUGCUUCAACACCUUCUUCAGUGAGACAGGGGCAGGAAAGCAUGUUCCCAGAGCCAUCUUUGUCGACUUGGAACCCACUGUCAUCGAUGAGGUGCGUACAGGAACCUACCGUCAGCUGUUCCACCCUGAGCAGCUGAUUACAGGAAAGGAAGAUGCUGCCAACAACUAUGCCCGAGGACAUUACAGCAUCGGCAAGGAGAUCAUUGAUAUGGUUCUUGACAGGACUCGUAAAAUGGCUGAUCAGUGCACUGGCCUGCAGGGAUUUCUGGUAUUUCACUCCUUUGGUGGAGGCACUGGCUCUGGUUUUACCUCCCUGCUCAUGGAGAGACUCUCUGUUGAUUAUGGUAAAAAGUCUAAGCUUGAGUUUGCCGUCUACCCGGCCCCGCAUGUCUCCACAGCUGUGGUUGAGCCUUACAACUCCAUCCUGACUACCCACACCACCCUGGAGCACUCCGACUGUGCUUUUAUGGUGGACAAUGAGGCCAUCUAUGACAUCUGCCGCAGAAACCUAGAUAUUGAACGCCCGUCUUACACCAACCUGAACAGGCUCAUCAGCCAGAUUGUGUCUUCAAUCACAGCCUCGCUUCGCUUUGAUGGAGCUCUGAAUGUCGACCUGACAGAGUUCCAGACCAACUUGGUGCCCUACCCUCGUAUCCACUUCCCUCUGGCNUUUUAUCUUCAAUGCACCUUAAGUUCUUGA